AUGACCCGGCUCCAGAAUCUGCCCCUGAAAUCCCUGGUGCUGCUCGUCAGCAGCAGUCGUCAUCCCGACCGAUGGAUUGUCCCCGGGGGUGGCAUGGAGCCCGAGGAGGAGCCCAGCGUGGCCGCGGUGCGAGAGGUUUGUGAAGAGGCUGGAGUGAAAGGGACGUUAGGAAGAUUAGUGGGAAUUUUUGAGAAUCGGGACAGGAAACACAGAACAUACGUUUACGUCCUUAUCGUCACAGAGGUGUUGGAAGACUGGGAGGACUCUGUCAAUAUUGGAAGGAAAAGAGAAUGGUUUAAGAUAGAAGAUGCCAUCAAAGUUCUGCAGUAUCAUAAACCAGUGCAGGCCUCGUAUUUUGAAACCUUGAGGCAAGGGUGUUUGGCAAACAACGGCACUCCUGUCAUGACCACGACGUACUCUGAGAGCUCUGUGUCUGACAUCAGAUGA